CAAAGGCAGAACAUACGCAUUUCUGCCAGAAAUAAGAACCGAUAGGUUGGCGUAUGAUUGUGCGAAGCAGUUGUUCACAUACAAUGUACUAAAGGUACGAAAUUGAUAGCUUGCACCCCGGGUAUAAAUAGUCAAACUCGGUCUAUGAAAACCCAUCAGUUGCAUUUAACAAUUCAAUCAGUUAAGUUAAAGUUGGCGUUUUAGUUCAUUCAACAUGUUGAAGUUAUCAGUUGUUAUCGUGGCUCUGUUUGGAUUAAGCUUAGCAUACAAGCAUCAUGGAUAUGUGACACAUGUUAAACAUAUUCCCUAUAAAAUGCCAGAAGUAGCCGAAGCUGGCCAAGAAAAUGUACAAGAAGGAGAAACUGGUGAUGCUCAAGAAAAUGAUCAAAGUGUGGGACAGGAAGCUGUAAUUACUACUGAAGAUGGUCAACAAGAAAAUUCUUCUGGAUUAGAUAUGGCCGAUAUGACUGAAGGUGAACAAACGGAAGGUCAGCUCCAAUCGCAAGGUGCCAACGAAGAACAAAAGGAUGAUGAGUUCGAACAUGAAUACUACACUUAUCCAAAAUACAAGUUCGAAUACGGCGUACAAGAUUUCCACACCGGAGAUCACAAAAGCCAGUGGGAGAUUCGGGAUGGAGAUUUCGUGAAGGGAGAAUACACAUUGGCGGAUGCCGAUGGUACGCAUAGAAUUGUGAAGUACAGAGCUGAUGACAAAAAUGGAUUCCGGGCCGUCGUGAGACAGCUGGGAAAGGGAUUCGGUCAACAGGGCGCCCAAGAAGAAAAUGAAGAUGGACAGAAUGAGAUUGGAGAAAAGUUUGGUUACAGCUAUAGCAAGCUGAGGCGAUACCAUUAGUGUAGCAGAGGGUAGUUUAAUUUAGGUUUAAGAAUCUUUGACAUUCUUGUUAAAUAAAAAAUGAGAAAUCACCGAUUAUUACCACACCAAAACAAAAAACAAGUUU